AGGAUUUAGACAUUCAUAUUUUUGGCGAGUGAAAUAAAGUUUAAGAGAAGCAGCGUGAUUGGAUAUACAAACAAUAGAAAUGGUCAAGUUUUUGCUCCUGCUGGCGCUCGUGGUGGCUCCAGCGGCCGUGGUACAAGGAUGUCUAACGUGCAGAGUUGUUGUAUGUUGGCCACACCCUAGCUGUCCAGCCACGGACCUUGUUCAAACGUUCCUUCCCCAUGCUGACUGUGCGAGAUUUUACAAAUGCAGUAACGGUAUCAAGUGCGAAAUGAACUGUCCUGCCGGUUUGCACUGGAGUGUAAAUCUAGUUCGUUGUGAAUGGCCUAAUAUUGCGUGCUGUGAUCCAAGUAUUCCCUGCACCCCGGGACCGGCACCUGUCCCAACAACCACAGCGGCACCGAUUCCGACAAUUCCCAUUACAACUCCACCGGCACCAGUAACAACGACAGCGGCGCCAAUUCCUACAAUUCCUAUAACGACUACACCGGCACCAAUCACGACAACAGCGGCGCCGAUUCCAACAAUACCCAUAACGACUACACCGGCACCAGCUCCAAUCACGACUACAGCAGCGCCAAUUCCAACAAUUCCUAUUACAACAACGCUGGCACCUACUCCAAUACCCACGAUUCCUCCGAUUGGACCAGCUCCAAAUAACUGCCUUGCCGAUACCAGAUGUCCGGUGAACGAGAAUCCAAACAACCCGACUCUUAUACCGCACGAAAGAGAUUGCAAGUACUUCUACAAGUGCGCCAACGGUGAACGUUGUCCGAUGGAGUGUCCCCCGGGUCAGCACUUUGGCGUUCAGCUCGGACGUUGCGACUGGCCCCAGAUAGCUUGUUGUGAUCCAAACGUACCAUGCACGGCUCCUCCAGUCACGACCCUGCCACCUGUGACGACCCUACCACCACCGGGUCCCACAGCUUGCGUAAACGACGCCAGAUGUCCGGUGAACGAAAACCCAAACAAUCCAACCCAUCUGCCGCAUGAAUCAGACUGUGGACAGUUCUACAAAUGCUCACUGGGCCAGCGUUGUUCAGUCACGUGUCCACCUGGACAGCACUUUAGCGUGGCCCUCAGUCGCUGUGAUUGGCCAAACAUUGCCUGCUGUGACCCGCGGGUUCCUUGCCAAUCGGGACCAUCCGCCGUGGCCCCUGCAACAACCACAGUUGCCCCAGCGGUCUGUCAGCCGGACAUCGGUUGCCCACAGAACGACGAUCCCGCCAAUCCGCUUCAUUUGCCUAACCCAACGUCCUGCUCUUCCUUCUUCAAGUGCCAAACAGGACAAGCUUGUCUCAUAUCGUGUCCACUAGGACAGCACUGGAGCCGGCAGCUGAACCGCUGUGACUGGCCCAACGUAGCCUGUUGUGACGCUGCCCUUUGCAGACCUACAGUACUGCUUCUCCAAACUAUCGCUGCCAUGAAGUUCUUGAUACUUUCGGUUAUGGUCAGCCUGGCCGCGGGCGCCAGCGUUCCCUAUGCUUAUAUCCCGGAAUGUUCCACAGUUCCCCAGGGCCAGAAGCUUGCUAUUGGAGAUUGUCGUCAGUUUGCCAUCUGCCAACCGGUUGGCUUGUCCUUUGUCGAAACCUGCCAGGACGGACUCGUCUACGACUCUCGUGUCGAUCGCUGCGAGUGGCCGGAGAAUGUGCCCCAGUGUUACGCCAACUACUACAACAACGUCUACCAACAGCAGCAGUACUACCCACAGCAGCAGCAGCCGUGGUACCCCCAGCAAAACUGGUGGUAAAUGUUGCUAAUAUAUCUUGUAAUUUCUAAGUGUGUUACUUCAAUAAAUUGAACUAACGAAUAUGCCGAAGGUGGCCUCUUAACCUAA